UAUAACGACGACUCGACGAUGCGAUCGAAUCCUUUCUCGCCACCAUGAAUGCGCUCAGCCAGGUCUAUCGGGACCAUCCCAAGACCUUACUCUCCACCACAGCUAUAGCUUUGCGCCUGCUGCUGGCCCUGACCUUUCCCGACCUACCAGAUCUAUUGACACUACGCGUGGAGAUAUCAACGCCGGUCAACAGCUUCAAGAGAUUGCAAGAAGGACUCUUCCUAUACGAUCGAGGAUUGGAUCCAUAUGAUGGCGGGAUCUUUCACCAGGCACCCCUGUUCCUGCCUCUAUUCUCACUAUUACCCUCGCCAACGGUGUUUAUUGGACGAAUAGCAAGCGUUCUGCUAUAUGCCGCUCUGGAUGUACUGUCAGCCAACUGCCUCUUCGAUAUCGCAAAGACGAAUGCCGCCAGUCUGACAUCGUCCUACACAUCCCCUCGCGCAUCUCGAGCCUGGAAUGCGGCAUCUGUAGCGGCAAUGUACCUCUUCAACCCGUACACGAUCCUUGCCUGCUUAGGGCGGCCGACGACCAGCUUCGCUACGUUCUUCACCUUUUUGAGUGUGAAGCAUGCUUCUCAGGCGAAGCCUGUCACGGCCGCAUUCGCACUCGCUAUUGCGAGCUACAUCAGUCUGCAUCCGGUCCUUCUCCUGCCUUCGAUUGGGCUGCUAUGCUACGAUCGUAUAUGCUUCCGACGCCAGCAAUCCAAACCCGAAUCUGACUCUCAGCCCGCAAAAGCUCCGGCCGUCAAGAUCGCUCACGACCAAAGAUCCGUCCCUCGACCGCUCCCAGUCGCCCUGGUCCUACUUGCCUCGUUUCUCCUCUCCACGGCGUUUCUCCUCUCCCUCUCCCGCCUCCUGCUUCCCUCCUGGAACUUCAUACCGGCCGUCUACAUGACGCCUCUGACUCUUCCAGACCUCACGCCGAAUCCAGGCGUGUGGUGGUACUUCUUCAUCGAAAUGUUCGACGCCUUCCGCGAGUUCUUCCUCGGAGUCUUCUGGUUACACAUGCUAUCUUAUAGUGUGCCUUUGGCGAUCAGAUUCCGACGUCAGCCGAUGGCGGCAGUCGUCUGUAUGAUGGGAAUCCUGGCCAUCUUUCAGCCGUAUGCGAAUGUGGGAGAUGUAGGAGGGUGGUUGAGCGCGCUGUGUUUGUUGGGGCAUGUGUUCGAGCUUUGCUCUACACACCGCUAUACAUUCCCGGCGCUCGCGGCGCUGCUUUAUGCCACACUCUUGGGUCCGGCUUUCCAUCAUUUGUGGAUAUAUGCGGGAUCUGGAAAUGCGAAUUUCUUCUACGCCAUCACGCUGGUAUGGAGCCUGGCAUUAUUGAUUUUGUUGACGGACACAGUGUACGCGGUCCUCCGAGAUGAGUGGGAAACAGAAAGGCCAGAAGGCAAAGGAAAAGAGAUUAGGCAGAUUUGAUGUACAAGAGGAAUUCAAUACAGAAGAUCUUCGUGAG